AUGGUCACAUUCCCUCCCAAUUCGUCGACUCCGCCGCACACGCACGCGGGAGCCGCUGUUUCUGCUGUUGUUCUUGAGGGCACUUUGCUCAACAAGAUGAACAGCGAGCCAACCCGAGUUUUUGAAAAGGGUGGAAGCUGGUUCGAGGCUCCCGGGUGUCAUCAUGUGGUUAGCGACAACUACAGCAAGGAGGAACCCGCAAAACUGUUGGCGACAUUGGUGGUCGAUACUGAGGUGGUGGAGACGGGAGGCGUUGAAGCCCUCGUUGUGUUUGACGACGAGUAUAAGGAUGUUCGGUUUUAG